AUGUGUGUGUGUUUCUGUGUAUCUAUCUAUCUAUCUAUCUAUCUAUCUAUCUAUUUACCCACAGAAGGGUACCCGGAUGUAAUCACGCACGUUUCACGACGAGCGUGUUCAUUUUACAUCCCACUUCUUCUCUUCGAGCUUAUUCUCCUCCUUUUUAACCUCUCCCUUUUGUAUUCGUUGUUUAUGCUUUCUUCCUCUUUUGAUGUUCCGUCGACUCCCUAUCUCUUUCUUUUCUCUUUGUUAUCUUCUCAUAAUGUUCUUUUCAUCAAGAGAAAGGCGGGAAAAACGCAAUCUUUCCCGCCUUUCUGUUUUUUUCUUUGUCAUAUUCGUCUUCUUUUUGUUCCAGGCUUUCUGCUUUUCUUCUCUCACUCUACUAUUCUUCUUUACUGUAAUAGUAUUCUUUUCAGCUCACCUUUAUUUACUCAAUUCUCUCUCACCCUUUCUCAUUCACUUUCUGUCCCCUCUUUCUCUCGCUCUCCAUGUCGACUUCCUUUCUCUCUUUCUUAUCUUUCUUACACUCCCUCUUUCAUUUUCCUCUUUGCCAUUCAUUCUCUCUCUUGCUAUCUCACUCUCUUCGUUUCUCUCUAUUCUUUCUCUUGUUCUCUCCACACCCUUUCUCUCUCUCUCUCUCUCUCUCUCUCUCUCUCUCUCUCUCUCUCUUGCGUGCGCGCUUCUCGUCUUCCCUUUCCCUCCCUCCCUCGAAAGACUUUCAAAUAG